GUCCGCAUCUUCACGUACCUCAUUGGACGGGAGGCGGCUUUUGCGGACAAUCUCAAGUGGAUGGCCUGUGCCAACAAAGGAUUCUUCACCCAGAUCUCCACGUUGGCUGAUGUGCAGGAAAAUGUCAUGGAAUACCUCCACGUGCUGAGCCGGCCCAAGGUGAUCGACCAGGAGCACGACGUGGUGUGGACUGAAGCUUACAUCGACAGCACCCUCCCUCAGGCACAAAAGCUUGCCGACGAUCAGGGCCUUGUCCUGAUGACCACAGUCGCCAUGCCCGUGUUUAGUAAGCAGAAUGAAACCAGAUCGAAGGGCAUUCUUCUAGGCGUGGUUGGCACAGAUGUCCCAGUGAAAGAACUGCUGAAGACCAUCCCCAAAUACAAGUUAGGGAUUCACGGUUAUGCCUUUGCAAUCACAAAUAAUGGAUAUAUCCUGACGCAUCCAGAACUCAGACCACUGUAUGAAGAAGGGAAAAAGCGAAGGAAACCUAACUACAGUAGCGUGGACCUCUCCGAGGUCGAGUGGGAAGACAGAGACGAUGUGUUACGAAAUGCCAUGGUGAAUCGAAAGACAGGGAAGUUUUCCAUGGAGGUGAAGAAGACAGUGGACAAAGGGAAACGGGUUUUGGUGAUGACAAAUGACUACUAUUAUACAGACAUCAAGGGUACUCCUUUCAGUUUAGGUGUGGCGCUCUCCAGGGGCCAUGGGAAGUAUUUCUUCCGAGGGAAUGUAACCAUUGAAGAAGGCCUGCAUGACUUAGAACACCCCGAUGUGUCCUUGGCAGACGAAUGGUCCUACUGCAACACGGACCUGCACCCAGAGCACCGCCAUCUGUCUCAGUUAGAAGCGAUUAAGCUCUACCUCAAAGGCAAAGAACCUCUGCUGCAAUGUGAUAAAGAACUGAUCCAGGAGGUCCUUUUCGAUGCUGUGGUGAGCGCUCCCAUUGAAGCCUAUUGGACCAGCCUUGCCCUCAACAAAUCUGAGAAUUCUGACAAGGGCGUGGAGGUCGCCUUCCUUGGCACUCGAACUGGCCUCUCCAGGAUCAACCUGUUUGUUGGGGCUGAGCAGCUCACCAAUCAGGACUUCCUGAAAGCUGGAGACAAGGAGAACAUCUUUAAUGCAGACCAUUUCCCUCUCUGGUACCGAAGAGCUGCCGAGCAGAUUCCCGGGAGCUUCGUCUACUCCAUCCCCUUCAGCACAGGAACAGUCAACAAAAGCAAUGUGGUGACAGCGAGUACCUCCAUCCAGCUCCUGGAUGAGCGGAAAUCCCCCGUGGUGGCAGCUGUCGGCAUUCAGAUGAAACUCGAAUUUUUCCAGAGGAAGUUCUGGACCGCCAGCAGACAGUGUGCCUCUCUGGAUGGCAAAUGCUCCAUCAGCUGUGAUGACGAGACUGUGAACUGUUACCUCAUAGACAACAAUGGAUUUAUUCUGGUGUCUGAAGACUACACACAGACGGGGGACUUUUUUGGUGAGAUCGAAGGAGCUGUGAUGAACAAAUUGUUAACAAUGGGCUCCUUUAAAAGAAUCACCCUCUAUGACUACCAGGCCAUGUGCAGGGCCAACAAGGAGAGCAGCGACGCCGCCCGGGGCCUCCUGGAUCCUUAUAAUGCUUUCCUUGCUGCAGUAAAAUGGAUAAUGACAGAACUUGUCUUGUUCCUGGUGGAAUUUAACCUCUGCAGUUGGUGGCACUCAGAUCUGACAGCUAAAGCCCAGAAAUUGAAACAGACACUGGAGCCUUGUGAUACUGAGUACCCAGCAUUUGUCUCUGAGCGCACCAUCAAGGAGACCUCAGGGAACAUUGCUUGUGAAGACUGCUCCAAGUCCUUUGUCAUCCAGCAAAUCCCAAGCAGCAACCUGUUCAUGGUGGUGGUGGACAGCAGCUGCCUCUGCGAGUCUGUGGCCCCCAUCACCAUGGCGCCCAUCGAAAUCAGUCAACAUAACGAAUCUCUUAAGUGUGAGCGUUUAAAGGCCCAGAAGAUCAGAAGGCGUCCGGAAUCUUGCCAUGGCUUCCAUCCUGAGGAAAACGCGAGGGAAUGUGGGGGUGCGCCCAGCCUCCAGGCCAAGAUGGUCCUUAUCCUGUCCCCUCUGCUUCUGCUGCUCUUCUUAAGGUGACACUGACCGAGAUGUUCUCCUGGCAUGCUAAAUAAUGGAUAAACUGUGAACCAAAAUAUGGUGCGACAUAGGAGACAUGAAAUAUAGUCCAACCAUCAGCAUCUCAUGAUUUUAAACUGUGCGUGAUAUAAACUCUUAAAGACAUGUGGACAAAAAUGUUAUCUUUUUACUUUGCCAGUCAUGUAAAUGUGAGUUUGCCACCCUUCAUCAGAAACGGGGCUGCCAGUAGGCAGUGUCCCUUCUGCUUGAAACCCAUCGAAACCAAUUUAAAACUGUGUACUUUUUAAAUAAAGUAUAUUAAAAUCAUAA